GUGGGAAGAGGGGAAGGAGGAAGUCGGCGCUCUAUUGGUCGCGGCGACCACGUCCCCAGCCCCUUCCUCGGCGGCGGCGGCGGCGCGCGCCCCCGCCUGGCUUGCCCCCCUCCCUCCGGCCGGCGGGCGGGCGGGCGGGCGCGUUCACGCGGGACGGGGCGCCUCCUCUCCUGCGGGCAGGUGCGGCGGCCAUGGACGGGGAGGCGGCGGCGGCGCUGAGCUCCCUCCCGCCGGGCGAGCAGGAGGAGGAGGAGGAGGAGGAGGAGGAGGAAGGCGUCGGCGGCGGCGUCGGGCCGUGGGAGGCGAACCCCUUCGACGGGCUGCCCUUCUCGUCGCGCUACUACGAGCUGCUGCGCGAGCGGCGGCGCCUGCCGGUCUGGGCCGCCAAGGAGGCCUUCCUGCGCCGCCUCCACCGCGCCCCGCUGGUCCUGCUCUCGGGGGGCCCCGGCGCCGGCAAGAGCACGCAGGUGCCGCAGUGGUGUGCGGAGUAUGCCCUUUCGUUGCAGUUUGCUCAUGGCCAGGUGGCCUGCGCUCAGCCCCACAGUCUGGCUGCCUUAAGCCUGGCUUUGCGCGUUGCAGACGAGAUGGACCUCAAUGUGGGCCACGAGGUGGGGUACAGCAUCCCCUACGAGGACUGCUGUGUGGCGGAGACCUUGCUCAGGUUCUGCUCGGACGAGGUCCUAUUGCGGGAGAUGACCUCUGACCCACUGUUGCGGCAGUACGGGGUGGUCGUGCUGGACGAGGCCCAGGAGCGCACAGUGCCUGCGGACCUGCUCCUGGGGCUGCUGAAGGACGCCCAGCGCCAGCGGCCGGAGCUGCGCCUCGUGGUGGUGACCGAGCCCUCGCUGGAAGAGCGCUUCUGCCGCUUCUGCCCAGGAGCCCCGCUGGUGCAGGUGCCGCCACUCAGCCCCACCCCUCGCCUGACCUACCGGGAGCCCUCGCCUCAGGGCCGGGUUGCCACUGCCUGCCAAGCGGUGCUGGAGCUCCACCAGCAGGAGGAAGCGGGGGACGUGAUGGUCUUCCUGGCCAGUGAGCAGGAGAUCCAAGAAUGCUGCGAGGCUCUCUGUGGGGCUGCUGCGACCCUGGAGUCCUGCUUGGGCUCUCUGCUGGUGCUGCCCGUCCAUCCUGCCGUGGGGCGGCAGGUCCAGAAGGUGUACGAGACCCUGGAGCCGCCGGCCGGAGCUCCAGUGCGCCGGGUGAUCGUCACCCACUGGCUGGCAGAUGCUGCCUUCUCCGUGGGGAGCGUCAGACACGUCGUGGAUGCGGGGCUGGAGCUGCGCAGCGUUUACAACCCACAAAUCCGUGCUGAGUCUCAGGUCCUGCGUCCAAUCAGCAAGAAGCAAGCAGAGGCUCGGCAGCUGAGGGCGGCUGGGAGUCCCCCUGGGACAUGCCUGCGCCUCUAUGCGGAGUCCUUCUACGAGCAGAGCCUCCCGGCCCUCCCUCCGGCACAUGUCACCGAGGCCAACCUGAGCCGCCUUGUGCUGCUGCUGAAGAGGCUGGACAUUGCAGACAUGGGCCAGUGCGACUUCCUCGACCGGCCAGCCCCAGCAUCCCUCAUGAGGGCCCUGGAGGACCUGGACUACCUGGCAGCCCUGGACGACGACGGCAACCUCUCGGAGGUGGGCAUCAUCUUGUCCGAGUUCCCCGUCGACCCUCAGUUGGCCAAGGCCCUGCUGGCCUCGUGUGAAUUUGACUGCGUCCAGGAGAUGCUCACGCUGGCGGCUAUGCUGACAGCCUGGCCUUGCUUUGUGACCCCAGCCGCCCGCGGGAGGGAGGCGCUGUUGGCCCGUCAGCAAGCCCUGCUGCAUUCGGCGGGGGACCACUUCACCCUCAUCAACAUCUUCAACGGCUUCCUCCAGCAGAGAGAGCCCGAGAGCUGGUGCCGGAAGCACGGCGUGAGCGAGGCGGCCUUGCAGCAGGCCAGGGCUGUGCGGACGGAGCUCCUGGAAGUCAUGGAGCGCAUCGAGCUGCCCGUCUCCCCACCAGCCUUCGGCACAGAGGGCAACGUCCUCCGGGUCAAGCAGGCCCUCAUCUCGGGCUUCUUCCUCAAGGUGGCUCGGGACAUCGAUGGCUCCGGCAACUACCUGCUACUGACCAGCAAGCACGUGGCCCAGCUGCCCCCCACCUGCAGCUACCGGCUGCGCCAGCCCCCUUCGCGUCCUCCCCCCUGGCUGCUCUACCACGAGUUCACCGUCUCGCUGGACAACUGCCUCAGCGUCGUCUCGGAGAUUGAGCCAGACAUGCUGGCAGAACUGGCCCCCCAAUAUUACCUGAGCAACCUGCCUGCCAGCGAGAGCCGCGACCUGCUCCUGGAGCUGCGGGAGAGAUUGGCAGGAGGGGUGGAGGAGCCCCCCUCGCCACCAGGCGAGGAGCCCCCAGUUGCCAAAGCUGCGGAGGACAGCGAAGACGUCUGUGCGCUGCAGUGAGGUCCCGUCUGGAUCAGCCCCAGCCCAGAGCCACGUUGACCCUGUUUUUUUUUGGGGGGGGGGGGGCGGCAGGGAGGCAAGGCUUUGGGCUUUGCAGGGAGGUCCCUGGCCGUGGUCGUGGGGAGUGGAAGGUGGGUCGGUGUGGGGCCAGGGCAGAGGCACGCAGCACGAGAGCCGGCUCCGUCCAGUCGGUUCUGUGCAGGGCUGUUCCGGGCCAGCCGCUGUGGUGCUGGAGUGGCCGGUGGCAUCUCUUGGGGGGUUUCCCUGCUGCCAGGCUGAGAGUGCCUGAUUGCCAGAGCGGCCGUAAGGGGAGGUGUGACAGGUGGAGGAAAUGACUGUGGCCCCCUGACGACACUUGACCGGUGGGGAGGGGCUGCGGGUCGUGGGUGGCUCAGGACAGGGGGGGCUUUCCGUGGUGCCAUAAGUGUGCUCAGCGCUGGGGGGGGGGCAGGUCCUGCCUGAGGCGUGGCUUGAGUGGGCCGCCAAUUCCAGCCUUCUCCGGCAGUCCUGGAGUUUCUCCCUGGGGCUUGUUAUGCAGGGCUUGCUCUGGUUUGGCUGGCCUGGGGCCAUCGGGCCUGCCCACCCCCAUCCCCCCCCCCCCGGGCUGCCUCUACUGAGGGUGAUGGAUGGCUUUUCUGAAUGCCCCCCUCCCAUUUGUGUGCUGCCAUUCAGCGGGGGUGGGGGUGUCUGGCUCCCCAGCAUCCAGACCAAGCAGACGGGGGGGGGGGGGGUUGAGCCCUGGGAGAGCAGUUUCUGGGCUCAGACCAGUUGUGCUGCUCUCGGCCGGCCUCUGGCUCAGCAGGGGUGUCCGUCGCCCCCACCCCCUUGGGCUCCAGCCUGCCGGGGCCGGCUCCUCCUUUCUUUUCUCAGCACCAGACGCAGGGAAUGAGCUGUCCUGGAACCUGCCCCCUCCUCCCCCCGGGCAGCUCAGAGCAAGUGCGGCUCUGAGGGGCCCAGAGGGGGGAAUCCCGCGGUGGGGUGGGGUGGGGUGGGGUGGACUGAUCGAUUGGCGGAAGCUGCCAUCCAUGCUUGCAGGGGCCCCAGAGCUGCUCCCGGGAGGGGAGGGCACCGCUGGCCCAGGAAGAGAGGCUGGUCUCCCCCGUGGGUGCCUGGGAGCAGGGCUGGGUGGGAGUGGGGACAGGGAGAGCACCCUUGUGUGCAUGGGCUGUGUCAGAAGCAGGGCUGGAGGCAGAGAGCCGUGCAGCGUGGGGGAGAGGAGAGGCCGCUGCUGAGAGACCGCCAGAAGCAGCAGCCUCGUGGGGGCUGUGCCAGGCCUGAACAGGUGCUGCUCAAAAUGGGCAGAGAGUGGACGAGAGGGGGCAGCCAGGACGAGUGGACGUUUUGGGGGCAGAGGUGUCGUGUGCCACUCCCUGCAGCUCCCCUUACCUUGAGCAUCCUUCACGCUGCCGGUGCUUGUGCGAGGGAGAUGCUGCGUGGCCUCAGGGUGGAAGGCGGCAGCACCAGCCCCUGCGCCGCAGGUGACCUGAGCCUGCCCUCUGCACGUGCCGGAAGCGUUGCUUGCUCCGGGGAUGUGCCAGGCUCUCUAGCCACCCUUCUGCGCAGGGUUCUUGGGUCUCCACCGUGAAGUGAUGCUCGGGAGUCUUGCUGCAGGUGGCUCAGUUGGGAAACGCUCUGUGCCCAUGAUGCGGGGGAGGGGCGGUGCUCUGGGGCGAGCGGCCCCUGCAAGGCACUGCCAUUUUUCUUGGCUUGCUUUCUGCUGACUGCAGAGAACCGUUUUGAGCUGCUUCCUCCUGUUUGUAUGUCUGCGGAGGCUGCGGAGGGCAGGCGGGAUGUCGGGGGAAACGGGGGUGGCAAAUAGUGGUGAAGGGGGGCAACACCUAGGGAGCAGGAACUGUGCCUUGAAGCCACUGGUUAUUCUGGAUCUAACAGGGGGUCCUCCUCAGGGUCUGGGGGCAGGAGGGCAAGGUUGUCAAACCAAAGUCAGGCAGGGAGCCCUCAGCAUGGCCGACUGUUCAGAAAGCCCAGUGCAGCCACAUUGGACUGCAAAAGAAAACAGCUUCUGCGAGGGGUGGGGGUUGUAACCAGUGGCCAGACACAGACAUGCUGUUGGUCGCCUGUGUGUGCAGCUCCAAACUGAGCAGGCAGUCGGCUGGCUAGGGCCCUGUUGUAGGUUGGAAUGACAGUGGGUGCAUGUCUGUGGGGAAAUUCCUCACCCCAAAGACAGAUGGGACUCAAAGUGUUCCCUUUGGAAGGGAGCUUUUUUAAAAAAACUGACCACAGCCAAUAUUGGACCUAAAGCAACAACUUUUCCGGAGCAUGAGCCAUCUGUGGAGGUCCAGCGUCAGACAGUCUGCUCUGCAGGAGAUUGUUGUGAGGGGUGGGCUGGGCAGAGCUGUCCGUGGUGUUUGGAAGUUGGUUUUUUAAAAGGCAGCCUUUUAAAAGCAGACGUCCUUCUCCAAACAUUGGGAGCCCGAAGGAGCACCAAUUCUGGCCUGACAAAUGCAAGUGAAUGAAACAAGGGGGAAAGGAUUUGCAGAGGAGCACCCUAUUAAUUUAUUAUGGGUUACUUUCAUGGUUGCCUUUACAUGUUUUGCUAUGUUUUAAAUUAAUAUUGUCAUCUACAAAUUGUGCAUUAAAAAAACUGACCAAUAAAAUUAAUGUUUGAAAAA